UGUGUUGUGUAGGUGUAGAUUUGUGGUUUGAUGAAUGCUAUAAUAUAUCGAUUGGUGCCACCAAAUGACUAUUCAAGUAGAAGAAGGCAUGUACGAGUAUUUUUUUUCUUGCAUCUAAAACUAUAUCUCUGCAUCUUUCUAUUGACAUGAAUAAUUGUGUUGAUAGUUGUGAAGAUCAGAUAUGCAGCAGUACUCCAUUGUAAUCAGAGUCUCGUCCAUGACUUUGAACCCAAUCUACUGAUCCAAACGGGGUCCACCGCAGGGGGCCACACUACAUUUAAAAUGCAACCAUGAACGUUUGUGUAGGAUUUUCCUGUAUAAAAAAUGAGGUUGGAAAUCAACGUAUUCAUAUUUGAUGGAAUGUAACGUCUUCAUGUUGCGGUUUAAGUUAUUUUUCGUUUUGAGAGAACUUUAUCAAAAUCUUGAGUGAUUUUACCUUCGGGAACAAAGAAUUUUAAAGGGGAAAUGUUACAUUUAAAGUUAUUCUAAAGAUGUCUGAAAAGUACACUUCUUUGAAGAAAGUCUUUGAUAAACUCCAUCAUGGUAAAUAUUAUGAGAGCGAUUUCAGUUCAUCGGAUGUAGACACGGCCAUUCAAGAACUCAAGACAAUAUGCCAGGUCUUGCCUAUUUUGUCCAUUGAUACACAGAGAGAUAUUACAAAGCUUCUGGUCGCUGCUCAGGCUAGACACCUCCAAGAAGUCCUGAAAUAUAAGGCGGACGGUGAAGAGAAAUAUCACAAUCUUUUGAAGGAGUAUCAAAAUUUCCUUCAAAGACAAACAACUGUAACUACCUCUCUUGUCGAUGUUCCAGCUAAAGAAUCAGCGAACUCCGAUCAUGCGGGAUCCAGUGAAUAUGACGAAACAAGUCUAAGCAGUUAUAUGGUCGAGAAAAAAUCGAAAGACAACAGUCCGUCUAUUAUAGAUCUUAGUAUCGUAAACAGUCCAACAAAAUUGGCCGAGGACUUCAAAGAACUAUACAAUACAGAGUGGAUUGACGCUUUCGAAGCAUUAAAGAAUAGUGGCCAGAUAAGAAACGAAGAAGAUAUAAUAAAGAAAUUGAGCACAAUGUUAAUGUUAGCAUAUGAAUUAUGCCGUGAACAAGCUAGAAAACAUAGAGGGAAAAUAACAGAGGCACUAGUACAUCCAUUAAGAGUAGCGGAAUCAGCUGCGGAAGUAGAACCCAGUACAGAGAAGAUGCUGCAGCCUACAGCUCGUCAGAUACAACAGGACACGGGUGUCUAUGCUCUACCCGCCAUUCAAGAGAUCUUCAAACAUACGCAUGGCGGGGGUUUAAGAGAAAUUGGAUGGGAUAAAUCCAAAGAAAUAAUGACAUACAUAGAAAGCUGUGUUCGAAUAUGUUGGUUAUUUUCAAUUCAGGAUCCGCCCAUGAAACUAUUUUGGCACGAUGAAGGUUCAGAAAUGAACGAUAAUCUGAAAGAGUAUAAAUAUACAGAUCAUGGAAAGGUGGUCAACUUUACUGUCUGGCCGACGCUGUAUUUACACGAGAAUGGUACGAUGAUGUCCAAAGGUGUUGUACAAGCAUUUUGACUAUUGGCAUGUCAUGACCGUGGACUGUUUCAAUUGCAAGUUUUACAAAACGGUGGCACCGGGAAUUGUUACAUAAACGCUCAUCUGAGGCAUUUCAAACAGUAAGGCGUUUGGAAUAACAGGCAACUGUUUUGAGAUUUUUAAAGAUCUUCAUAUAAAAGAAGCAUCACUUUUGAAAAAUUCGAAGGCUCUUUUGAAAAAUUCGAAGAAAGCAUUCGAUCCACUUUAGGACAAAAUGUGCUUGAUGAAGAGCUUCAUUGUUUUUGGAUUGCAGAUCGGAAUGGACACCAUUUACCGAUGUUAUUCUUCCAUAAUAAAUACAUAUGAUUAUUAGAUAGUGUAGAUUGUCUUGUACCUUUCUUGAACUAUGUCAAAGGAACUGUAGAUAACUUACUUUAUUGA